AUGAAGUUGGCUGUCUUCCUCCUGAUGGUGUGCUGCCUUGCGACCUCAUGCACGGCACAAGGACUUUCCUGGCUCUUCAGACGCCUCCAUAAAGUAGGUCGCCAUAACAUCCGUGACCUUAGUGGCGCCCAUCACACCUCCCAUCAAGUAACGACUGAUCAACCCUUAAACUUUUAUCAACACUUGCGUCUGUGCACCAACGACCGCGUGUGUGGCCGUGGGCAGUUCUGCGACCAGCACUACGGCGUGUGUCGGGAUCACAUGACGGAGGGACAAGAGUGUCGUGGUGACGCCAUGUGUGAGGCCGGAUACGACUGCAUGUUCGGGCUGUGCCAAAAGCGCAUCAAGCGUGGGCGUGAGGGUGCCAGGUGUCGCAAGGAGCGGGAUUGUGGAGCAGGGAUGUGCUGCGCCCGUCGUCAUGGAGAGCAGGUGUGUCAGCGGCGUCUGCCCUUGGGCCACAAGUGCUACGUACCUGAGGGCGGCCUUGACUACUCCAUGAACCAAGUUUGUCCGUGUGAGAGCGGCCUUGUGUGCAAAUACACGGCUGAACAGCCUCCUUCCAAGCAUCAGCUCAUCGCCGUCAUAUCGGCCUCUGAGGACAUGCGCUGCGCAGCGCCCUCUUACCGUGUCCACUGACAUGUCAAAAGGAGUUGAUUGUGUUCUCACUGUAUUUAUCCCAGAUGAAUUUCUAGUCAGUAAUGUAUCUUGUAUAAACUAAUAAACUUUCUUCCUUAUUUUCCGACUG